AUGCGAAGGUAUCGCAUCAGCGAGAAUGUUGGGCUACUACGGCAUUCACGCUCUAUAGCGCUUCCUCGUCUACACCGUCUUCACACAUCUAUUCCAUGUCACUCUAUUCUCGCUGCCCACUUCCCUGUCCUAGGCGAACCUUCCCGAGAUAGCAGCAGCAGCAUCACAAGAGAACGACUUGUUCACAGGAAGGUGCAGAACUUGGGGGAUCUUUUGGCUCGGGAAGACACGUCCCCAGGUCCCGUAUGGGGCUCCUAUGUUGACUUGGUCAAUACCCUUGGGCCGUACAAGCUUCCUCUGCAUAUUCACCAGGCUGUCUUGCGAAAAUGCACAGAGCAUGCCAAGCAGCAUCGCGCUAUGAUCGCAACUCUGAUGGGGGAAGGCGCCAUACGCGAAUCCACGCAUGUACACGAGACGCGCUUCCAGACGGUCAUUCGUAACAUCCGUACAUCUGGUAUGACUCCUUCACUGGAGGACUACCACUUCAUCCUGCAGCAAUUCGCUGCUGUCGGCCACUAUCGUGGAACGAUGUUGGUUCUGGAGGAGAUCGCGUCCGUUCAGUUGCCCAAGACGACGAAAACUUUCGGGCUCUGUCUUCAAGCUCUGUGUCAUCGUCUCACUCUCCCGUACCCGCUUACGCUGCGCCCCAGGUUAGUCUCUGAAGUUACCGACUUAUGCUGGAAACUUCUCGAGCAGAUGUCGGAGCAGAACGCGCGUCUCACGUCUGGGAUCGUGGACUUAAUCAUGCGUAUUAUGAAGGAGUCGUCUGAUAUGGCCGGUUUCGAGAAGCUGAUGAAAAUGGUGUACGGGAUCGACUUGUCCUAUCCUGACCGUCCUCCAUUGGAAUAUUGGGAUAAGGGCAAGGAGGUGGACGUUAAUGCGAUCCAGCCCGGAAUGGCUCUCAUGGAUCCGCUGCCUUUUUCCACUGCCGCCUUGAAUACCACCGUCGAUAUGCUCGGACGACUUGGAGACGUGUCCAAGUUAGUUCAGACAUUCGAGGUUCUCACCACACCUCUUCCAGCGCAGUCAAAUGGAUCCUCGACUCCUUUUGACGAGGACGACGAGGACGAUUUCGGAUAUUCGAAUCCACGGGUAGCCCCGUAUCGAGCCCCACAUGCCAAAACCAAUACGACGACAUAUUCCACACUGCUCAAGUGGAUAUCUCGAGCAGGGCACAGAGCCUUUGCUCGACACUACAUCCUGGAAGUAAUGGAGUUGGACCUUAAUACCCAUAAGCGCUUACGGAGAUUGUGCAAAAAGGGCUCGAAGCCGGAGCAUAUUUCCCCUCCGCGUAUCAGCGUCAAUCGCAAUAUUUUCCUCCCAGUCUUUUCCCUCGCCAAUCGAGGAAAGGAUAUGGAGCUGCUGCGAUUUGUGCUCCAUAAAAUUCAGGCUGCCCAUCACCGGAAGCUGUCCUACAUCAAGUUCUACAGAGGGGUGAAGAAGAAAUGGAAUGCAGCAGAAUUGCUUCAGCCUGAGACAUCGCUGGCGUCAUCGGAUACAGAUACACCUUCAUCUCCGUCGUCGGACGCUGCGCAGGUUGAAUUACCGUUCGUCGGGGAUCCUCUUCCUACACCGCCAUCGCUUCCUACCCCACUGCCUCUUCCUACACCGACAGAAGCCUCUUUCUCUACUUUCUUUACACCGUCUACGUCGGCUUCACGUGAUGUGGCUUCAAAAACCAUCGACAUUUUGCCUGCACCUUUCCUCGACACUGAUUUCGACGAGAAGGCCCGUGUAGUACCUCAAGACGAGCAUUUCAAUAUUAAUCUUCAUAUUCAAUUACUCAAGCGAGACGUGGCACAACUUAAGGAGUUCAGGGAAUACGUUCUGGACAUCCUGGGUCGGAACACCCAACGGGUGAAGGAGAAGCUGGGACGCAGAGUGUGGCGGGACAAGGAUAUUUACGUGCGCGACCAUGAUGACCGAGUCGUUGUCAGCCGGGAGGAUUGGUGCCAGAAAGUCAAUUACCGCGAGGAAAGGGCAGUACAGCGGGAUAGCAAUCUUGACCUACUUGUGGAUCCAGAUGAUUCCCCACGUCGGAAACGCAGGGCAUCCCAUAGGAGCGGACCCGGAUGGGUCAAUGCUGCUCGAGGCCUGAUGACUUCGGCACCUCAUUCUUCUUGUCCAGGCCUAGGGCCGGAAAGAGACUGUGCUGUCUAG